AUGUCCAAGCUUGUCAAGUUGCAGCUGUCGUCGCCGGCGUUGGCGCAGUUUCCGGACCUUCCGACGGAGCUGCUGAAGCAGAAACGCAAACCAAAGCCAAAAGUCAAGGCCGAGGACGAAAUCGCGUCGUCGCCGGUCCGAAUUGAGGGAACAGACGAAAACGAGAAAAAGAGACGGAUCAUCAUCAAACCGCUCAAGAAACCGGGUGUUCCGUCAUCGCCCGUGCCAGAAGACACUUCAAGCCGUGCAGAGACACCAACGGGAGCCAAGGCGCGCGGAGGAGGGCUCUCGGGAGACCUGGACCGGACAGGCAAGCCAUGCAAGCGGUGGACCAAGAAAACACGGGUGUUCAAGACUUUCAGCGGCUGGGACGUGGAGGUGGGGAUUUGGCGCCCCAGUUAG